AUGCCUGUUGAAGAUUUAUCUGAUGAAGGUUUACCAAAAAAUCCAAAUUUAGAAUUAGCACAAUAUAAGUUUUUAUUAUCAUUAAAUCCGAAUGAUGAAGUGAGUAAAGAAAAAUUAUUGAAUGAAAUAACUCUAAACAAUAUGGCACCAUUCUACUUACAAUGUACAAAAGAAUGUAUACCACCGUCUUCGUGUGGUAUAGUAUAUGACGAUGAGUUAUACAAGAGAAUGAAUCAAAAAAAUUUAGAAACCAUUCAAGAAUUUGAUGCCAAAAUUGACGAUAAUGAAAAAUCAUUUGGUGAAAGUGAAAUACGUGAAUCCUAUUUAUCAAAAUCACAAUAUUUAUGUUCAAUUGGUGAUCGUGAACAAGCAUUGCAAAUGUUACGAAAAACAUACGACAAAACUGUUACGUUAGGUCAUCGUUUAGACAUCAUAUUUUAUCAAUUACGUUUAGGUUUAUUUUAUUUGGAUCAAGAUUUAGUACAACGAAAUUUAGAUAAGGCAAAAACAUUAGUAGAUGAAGGUGGUGAUUGGGACAGACGUAAUCGUUUAAAAGUUUAUCAGGGUUUACGAGCAAUGUCGGUUCGAGAUUUUAAAACAGCAGCCGAAUUAUUUUUAGAUACAGUAGCCACAUUUACAUCAUACGAAUUGAUGGAUUAUCAAACAUUUGUGACCUAUACAGUUAUUUGUAGUGUAGUAGCAUUAGAACGACCAAAACUACGAGAAAAAGUAAUACGUGGUAGUGAAGUAUUGGAAAUUCUACAUGGUUUACCAGUGAUAAAAGAUUAUCUAUUUUCAUUGUAUGAAUGUCGAUACGGUGAUUUUUUUAAAUGUUUAGCAGCUAUUGAACAAAAUUUAUUAAAAAAAGAUCGUUAUUUAGAAAAGCAUGUUCAAUAUUAUGUAAGAGAAAUGCGUAUUAUUGCCUAUAAUCAGUUAUUACAAUCUUAUUCUAGUUUAACAAUAAAAGGCAUGGCACAAGCAUUUGAUUGUACGGAUACAUUUUUAGAUAAAGAAUUGUCACGUUUUAUUGCGGCUGGUAGAUUAAAUUGUAAAAUAGAUAAAGUUCGUGGUAUCAUUGAAACUACUCGUCCAGAUAGUAAAAAUUUUUUAUAUCAAGAAGUUAUUAAGAAAGGUGAUCUAUUAUUAAAUCGUGUACAAAAAUUAAGUCGUUGGCCAAAAACAAAUGCUCCUAAUGCAACGAUCAAUCCUACUUCUACCCCUCAAACACCGACGUCUGCAACGGCAGCAACCACUGUUCAAACACCAACGACACCAAAUUCAACAUCAUCAACACCAACUAUGCUCACAAAUAGCAACUCAAAAUUAAAUAGUUCAACAAAUAAUAACAUUCAAUCAUUUACCCAUUUAGAACGUACAAUACAAAGUUAUCCCUUGACGAAUUAUACAUUUGGCACAAAAGAUGCACUAUAUGAACGUGAUAGUUCUGUUCAAGCACGUUUUCAGCGUAUGAGAGAAGAAUUUCAAACAAUGGGCAUGCGACGUUCAGUCGAGGCUGUUUUAUUAGUUCAUGAACACAAUUUACCACAUGUUUUAUUAUUACAAUUGGGUACAACAUUUUUUAAAUUACCAGGUGGCGAAUUGAAUCCUGGUGAAGAUUCAAUUGAAGGUUUAAAACGUUUAUUAAAUGAAACACUUGGUCGUCCUGAAGUUACUCCGCAAAAUCAAUGGUUAGUCGAAGAUGUUAUUGGUAAUUGGUGGCGACCAAAUUUUGAAGCACCACGAUAUCCAUAUGUACCAGCACAUAUAACAAAGCCGAAAGAACAUAUUCGAUUAUACCUUGUUCAAUUAGGUGAAACAUCUAUGUUUGCUGUGCCAAGAAAUUAUAAACUUGUUGCUGCACCACUAUUUGAGUUGUAUGAUAAUAGUUCUGGUUAUGGCCCGAUUAUAUCGAGUUUACCACAAGCAUUAAGUCGUUUCAAUUUUAUAUAUAAUUAA